AUGUUGGCCAUGCCAGAGUCCAUGGCAUUGCCACCCCUCAACAGCAUGCUGGAGGGAGACAACUGCGUGUUCGAUGGGAUGAUUUAUCGCAACGGGGAGACGUUCCAGCCCAGCUGCAAGUACCAGUGCACCUGCCGAGACGGGCAGAUCGGCUGCCUGCCCCGCUGUAACCUGGACCUGCUGCUCCCCGGCCCCGACUGCCCCUUCCCCAGAAAGGUCGAAGUCCCCGGAGAGUGCUGUGAGAAGUGGAUCUGCGACCCUAAAGACGAAUUCUGUGGGGUUUUGUCUCCAGCCUACAGACAGGAGGCCACACUUGGAAUCGAUGUGUCGGAUUCAAGUGCCAAUUGUAUUGAGCAAACAACAGAAUGGAGUGCAUGUUCCAAAAGCUGUGGAAUGGGCUUUUCCACCCGUGUUACCAACAGAAAUCAACAGUGUGAAAUGGUGAAGCAGACAAGGCUUUGCAUGAUAAGACCUUGUGAAAACGAAGAUCCAUCGGAUAAGAAGGGAAAGAAAUGUAUCCGAACAAAGAAGUCCCUGAAAGCUGUUCGCUUUGAAUACAAGAACUGCACUAGUGUGCAGACAUACAAACCUCGUUACUGUGGCCUCUGCAGCGAUGGGCGAUGCUGUACCCCACACAACACCAAAACGAUUCAAGUUGAGUUCCACUGUCCUCAAGGCAAAGUCCUAAAAAAGCCAAUGAUGUUGAUCAACACCUGUGUCUGUCAUAAUAACUGUCCUCAGAGUAACAAUGCUUUCUUCCAGCCAUCAGAUCCAACAUCUAGUGAAGCCAAAAUAUGAAAAGCAUAAAUUAGGUAACAGAAAGGUAUAAGUAGUUUAUACAAAACUUGACCCACAAUCAGGUGAAUGUAACAACUGCAUAUGUAAAAUAUCAUAAGAUGUUUUUCAAAACAGUCUAGGCUCUUUCUUUUUUCCCGUAGUUUAUUAAAUACCUCAUUUUACAAUUUCCCCCUCCAGACAUCUUUUAUUCACUUGAAGGAGAUUUUGUACCUUGGACAGAGCCUUCUUUUUUUCUUGAUGGUGGCAUAAAGAUUACAAAGCAAACAGCUCGUCUUUCUCCUUGAGUUAAGGGGAUCAUGCCAUGAGCCUCAGUAGCUGUAAAGACUGGGCUCUUUACGAGUAAAUGGAUUCCUUGGGAAUGCAUGAUACCGUAUUACAGAAGCUUCCAGAUUCUUAACUUCACUUUACAUAAUGCUUAUAAACACUUAAGCAG